CUAAUAAUAGAUACGACAAGAAUUAUUAAGAUUAUUGUUUUAAUUGCUUGUUGUGUCCGAAAAUACCUCUCCUGACAUAGGUGCCGGUCCACUCCCAAAGAGCCCUGUUAUUUCACGUUGUUCAAACUUUUAAUAAUGCCAGUUCGAGUGUUGUUCACAGCGUGAAAAUAUUACGUUCAUUAUUUUCUACUCAAGGGUUUUAUUUGUUUGGAUUUUAAUUAAGCCCUAUACAACGGAUGUAGGUACUAGUAAAAAGGAUUUAAGUUAAUUACAGUACUAACGUAGAAAAAACAUUAUAAUAUUACUGGUUUUAUCAGAAAUACAAAUCAAUACUCGUUUCGUUUGCACGUUGUCAUAGUGAAGCGCUUCUAAACCGCCACAUUGUUUGCUGUAACCAUAGAGACAAUGAGCGCGCGAGGUUGGCUCGUUAGAAACUCUAACAACGAUGAAUCAAGACGCAAAAAAGUUAGCCACAAAUCUAUAUGGACGAGUCAAUGUACCAGCCGUCGAAAGAUGUAGAGUGAGCUUCUGCACGGACCUUGAGAAGUCGGUCCUACUGAGCAACUUCGAGCGUCGAGGCUGGAGCCAGGUGGGGCCCGACGAGGAGUGGAACUUCUACUGGGCGUCCACGCAGACCUGCCGCAACCUCUUCAGCGUCGAGAGCGGGUACCGGAUGAACGACAACCAGCUCAUCAACCACUUCCCCAACCACUACGAGCUGUCGAGGAAAGACUUGCUAGUGAAGAAUAUAAAGAGGUACCGGAAAGAGUUGGAGAGAGAAGGCAGCCCGCUCGCGGAGAAGGCCGAAGUGGUGUUGCCAGGCGGGCUGGUGGUCACUCGCUACGUGCACUUGGACUUCGUGCCGAUCACCUUCGUGCUGCCGGCCGACUACAACAUGUUCGUGGAGGAGUACCGCAAGGCGCCGCAGAGCACCUGGAUCAUGAAGCCGUGCGGCAAGUCCCAGGGCACCGGCAUCUUCCUCAUCAACAAACUCUCCAAACUGAAGAAAUGGUCCCGCGAAGCCAAAACUCCGUUUCACCCGCAAUUGAGCAAGGAAAGUUACGUAAUUUCCCGGUAUAUCGACAAUCCCCUUUUGAUCGGAGGCAAAAAGUUUGAUCUCCGUUUGUACGUGCUGGUAACUUCUUUCCGACCGUUGAAAGCUUAUUUGUUCCAGUUGGGAUUCUGCCGGUUUUGUACCGUGAAGUACGAUACUAGCAUGACUGAGCUCGAUAAUAUGUAUGUGCAUUUAACGAAUGUUAGUGUCCAAAAGCACGGGGGAGAUUAUAACAGUAUACACGGAGGGAAGAUGAGUGUGCAAAAUUUGAGGUUAUUUUUGGAGGGAACGCGCGGCCGGGCGGUGACGGAACGGCUGUUCGCGGCGAUGCAGUGGCUGAUAGUGCACUCUCUGAAGGCAGUUGCAUCAGUGAUGGCCAAUGACAGACAUUGUUUCGAGUGCUACGGCUACGACAUCAUAAUCGACAAUCAGUUGAAGCCGUGGCUAGUGGAGGUGAACGCUUCGCCGUCGCUGACGUCCACGACGGUGAACGACAGGAUACUGAAGUACAAGUUGAUAGACGACAUCCUGUCGGUGGUGCUGCCCCCGGACGGCGUCCCGGACGUGCGCUGGGGCAAGGCGCCCGCGGCCGACGCGCUCGGGAAUUUCGAGCUGCUCAUCGACGAGGACUUACUGGACAAAGAAGACUCUAGCACCGGCCGAGGAGCUAAAAAUAAGACCAAAUAGA